CAUGCAUCCUCUCAUCAUUAAAAAUCAUUACAGAAAUGACAGUGAACUUUGUGCCUUUGCACUAUUAUUCUGGGUCAAAAACUUCAGAGAAAGUACUUUUUCUUUGCUAACCAUGCAAUUGCACAAAACUCUCCGUACUGCAGUAACGUCACCGUCUGCAAUGAAUCAGCGGAGGAUGUACGGAGGCUACAACGACUCGCGUGCGUGUGAGUAGACACGCACGAAGGGGUGCGUUCUGUGUGGCGUCACGCCCACUAUCAGACCUACAAAUAAGACCCACAAAUAAAACCGAGAUGACGGCGAGAAGUGGCACACUAUUCCCCUCCGAGAUUCACUGACAUCACAGAACACAGCAGCAGUCAUGGCUCAAGCUCUGGACAUUGAACGCUGGAACCUGGAGUGUGAGUUCAACAACAUGGACCACAGCACUGAUCUCAACGGUGCGGAUCGUCUGAUCGUGAGGAGAGGCCAACUGUUCACAAUCAGCCUGUACCUUCGCUCCGGAACCUACCAACCGGGAGUCAGCUCUCUUGACUGCAUUGCAGAGACAGGUCCUCAACCCUCUGAGCAGUAUGGCACCAGGGCCUCUUUUGGUCUGUCUGCCAGCAUUGACACUUCCUGCUGGAGCGCCGCUGUCAUUAGUCCCCCCGGGGACAUGGUGGCCUUGUCCGUCUGCUCUCCCCCUGAUGCACCUAUCGGCCGCUACACACUGACCCUGGGGGGAUCAGGGCGGAUCGAGUUUAUCCUGCUCUUUAACCCUUGGUGCACAGGAGAUGCAGUAUAUAUGGACAAUGAGCGGAGUUUGGCAGAGUAUGUCUUGUCUCAGGAUGGAAUCAUCUAUCGAGGCAGCUACAAACAUCCCAUACCAACUCCCUGGAACUUUGGCCAGUUUGAAAGUGGAAUUCUGGACAUCUGUCUUAGGAUUUUGGAUAUGAAUCCUAAAUGUCUGAAGAAUCCUGGCAAGGACUGCUCAGGGAGGAGAAAUCCCAUUUAUGUUUCCAGAGUGCUUAGUGCCAUGGUGAAUUGUAAUGAUGACAAAGGGGUGUUGCUGGGAAAAUGGACAGAUGGCUACGAAGGAGGUGUCAGCCCCAUGUUCUGGAGGGGCAGUAUGGAGAUUCUGCGCAAUUGGGACACACAAGCCUGUCAGCCUGUUCGCUACGGACAGUGCUGGGUGUUUGCUGCAGUGGCCUGUUCAAUUUUCAGAGCCCUUGGCAUCCCCUGCCGAGUCGUCACCAACUACCUGUCAGCCCACGACAACAACAGCGACCUGGUGAUUGAACACUACAUCGACGAAAAUGGAGAACUCACUCAGUCCAAAGAAAUGAUCUGGAACUAUCACUGCUGGGUGGAGAGCUGGAUGACCCGGCCUGACAUCAAAUCUGAUUUUAAUGGCUGGCAGGCCAGUGACCCUACACCUCAGGAAAAAAGCGAAGGAGUGUACUGCUGCGGCCCUAUCCCUGUCAGGGCCAUCAAGCAGGGCGAGCUCACGUCCAAGUAUGACGCCGCGUUUGUCUUUGCUGAGGUCAACGCUGAUGUCAUCACCAUCAUGAAGAAAAAAGACGGCAGCACAUCGAAAGUUACUAGCACUACAAUGGUGGGCCAGAAGAUCAGCACAAAGAGUGUCGGCAGUGACGCCAGAGAGGACAUCACUCAUUUGUACAAGCACCCCGAAGGCUCUGAUGAAGAGCGGGAGGCUUUCAAGAAGGCUAACCACCAAAACAAGCUGCUCCAGCAGCAGCAAAAUCAAGGCCUACACCUCACUAUCAAGGUGACAUCAGACAUGAGGAAGGGCUGCGACUUUGAUGUAUUCGCUGUGGUUACGAACAACACUCAAAGCGAGAAGAAGUGCCGCCUGGUGUUUGGAUCCUGCGCCGUGUCCUACAAUGGCUUUCUGGGAGACAAUUGUGGUUUUAAAGAUCUGCUCAAUGUUGAACUCUCACCAGGAGCAGAGAGGCGAGUUCCACUCAGGCUGAACUACUCUAAGUAUGGUGGCCCACUCACUGAGGACAACUUAAUCCGUCUGGCAGCUCUGUUGAUGGACUACUCCACUAGAGAUGCAACACUGGCAGUGAGAAACAUUGUCCUGGAUAAUCCUGAAAUCAAAGUCAGAAUCCUGGGUGAACCGAAGGAGAAUCGAAAGCUGGCUGCAGAGAUCACCCUCAAAAACCCUCUGCCAGAGCCGCUGGAGAACUGCUGCUUCAGCAUCGAGGGGGCCAACCUCACUGCAGGAGACGUCAUCUCUGAGAGGCUUGGCUUCUCAGUGGGACCUGGGGAAGAUGCCAAAGUGAAGAUUUACUUCACCCCCACCCACUCUGGGAUGAGAAAGCUGGUGGUCGACUUCGACAGCAACAAGUUGUGUCACGUCAAGGGCUACAGAAAUGUCAUCGUUGGAAAGUAAAGCCUUUCAACCGUUACAGUCAAAUAGACGGCAGUGCUGUUACUCUUAAGUCAGAGUUGUUAACCGUUUAGCCAUCUAAAGAGAAGCAAAGGCUUUUGUUUAAUACAUAAAAUGCUUUUCUAUUCAAAUACCUUAGAAUCUCACUGUAUAUCCUGAUUGCUUCAUGUAUAUCUAUAUUUACUCAGAACCAUAGAUAUGUUAAUGUAAACGCUUUGUACUUAUUAAGGCUAAUCAAAUCUGUGCAUGCACAACUUUUAACAGAAUGUGUGCUGUGAUCUGAAGUGAUGGUUAGCAUUUUAGGAACUAUGUACUAUUUUUCUACUUUUUAAGUGCCACGAUUAAAAGAGUUGUUACACAUGUUUUGUGAUAAUGUUUCAACCAGUCAGACUUUUCACACAAUCUUCGACCUUGUUGGACAAAAUGUGUUCGACUGAGAGCACAAAUGCAACGUGUACAUCUUUUAUUUGCUAUUAAUGCAACAAUCUACCUUUUGCACAUUCUGCCAACAGCAGAGGUGAUGAGGCAUCCGGCGUGGUGUUUGACAAGUUGUUUCAAUCAUGAAUAUAUUAUUUACUGAAGAGAUCAAUUUAGACAGCUGUAGCCAAACAACUAUGAUCAAAAGAGCUGGUCUUAGUUUACAUGUGGGUGACAUACUGCAUUAAAUUCAAACUGUUAACUUCUCUCCUUGUACCUGGGACAC